UCGUACUUUGGCAUGUAUUAUCUUGGAGUUUGGCUGCCACUUAUAUAAACCUUUUAACAUUCCUUCUUUAAGAAAACUGCAAUGCGAGCUAACGGUUUGUCUUUUCUUGCGAUUCAAGUGCGGAGCUCCUUUCCCGGGCAAAGCCCCUGAACCUGAUUUGGGUUCAGACAUGCAGAGUCUGAAUAGGGCCGCUGAGAAAAUGCAUUGUCGGGGUUUCUUCGGUUCCGCCCCGCAACAUGCAUAACGAUGUCUCGGCCAGUGAGAGCGAAGCGCUGUGGUAGAGGUUGUUUAUGUGGAGUGCUGGGUUAGGGUUCCGCCCACCGAGGUAUCUCGGGCGCAGGGCAGACAGGCAGAGUGUAAAAUGGCGCACAGCUGUCGGUGGCGGUUCCCCGCUCGGCCCGGAGGGAGCAGCAACUCCGGUACCGGGAGGAGAGCGGGCCGAAUCAGGGUUACUGCCUCUCUGCGGAAUAUCUCGGGAGCCCACCCCAGCGCAGCUGGACUCGGACCCGGGUUCGACGCUGCACUACAGGUCUCUUCGGUGAUCGGGAGCAACCUGCAGAAAUUUCGGGAUGUUUUGGGGGAAUCGAGCGACUCGAGCAGCGCGGAGGAAGAAGCGUUUGGAGGAUUUGGAGUGGUUGUUGAGCAGAAAAGUUUACAGUGCCCUUCAACGACCUCUUCAGAUUUAUCAGAGGGCCCACGCAUACAAGAGAAGAAGCCCAGAGGACGACCACCACGGGCCCUAACUGCCCAGAAAGCUGCUACAAGCUUACCUUCCCCCUCCCUUCUUCCUACCCCCACACAAACAAAACCAGAGGGUCCAGAAAGGCCAGCUGACAAGGUGAAAAGGCUGCCUGGGAGGCCACCUGGCUCCGGGGAAAAGAGAAGAGGUCGACCCCCAUCUUCAAGUAGCAAGAAAGCUUGGAGUACAGGCAGCCAUGCAGCAGGGGAGGGCAGUAGGCAGAUGGGGUCUGAGUUGGGCAUGGACACAGAGGAGGACAAGGACAGAAAGGGUACUAAGAGGACGCCGCUGGGCUCCACUCAGCUUCAUGACAGUGAGGCAAAGCUUCCCAAAGGGGUGCGAGGUGAAUCCAAAGUUACCAACCUGAAAAGGCUUAAAGCAACUAAACUUGCACCUCUCAAGACACGGCUCAAGGCUCUGCCUGGUGUACCCCGACGCAGACGUGGGCGACCGCCCUCCGCUGAGCGGCUCAAAGCUGAGGCAGCAGCAGCUGCUGCUGCACAGCACUGUGCCUCUAUUGAAUGUGGGGAAGGGAAACACAAGGCCUUUAGGGUCAGAGGGGCGGACAGAGGUGCAGAACCACACACUCCCCAGCAGUCCAUGCUGAGCAAUGUGGAUGGAGGUGAGGACCAGGACUCUUCCAAUCCACCUGACUCCCAGUCUCCCUCUAAGCCAGGCAAGGCGGUAGGCCUCAGAAAAAGCCCUCGCCAUAGAAAACCUGUCAGAAUUGUUCCCCCUUCUAAACGCACUGAUGCAACCAUCGCUAAACAGCUGCUGCAGCGUGCUAAGAAAGGAGCUCAGAAGCGAAUGGAGAAAGAAGCUGUAGCUAUUGGGGGUAGUGGGACAGGAGCCAUUGAAGCUGGCAUUAGAAAGACCCAACUGAAGAACAUCAGGCAGUUUAUCAUGCCUGUGGUCAGCACUGUCUCCCUUCGCAUCAUCAAAACCCCCAAGCGUUUCAUUGAAGAUGAGGGCAGCUUUGGAACGCCGCCACCCCAUAUGAAGAUGCAACGGUUAGAAACAACCCCCUCAUCUGUCUCUACAUCUGCCCAACCCACCUCUUCGACCACCUCUUCCUCCCCCUCUCCUGCGCUGGUCUCUUCUACACCUGCCGUUACUAGCACUGGUACCUCUGCUCCAAUUGACUCCCUCCCCCCUCCUCCACCUCCUGCCCCUAUCCCCACUGUUCCAUCAACUGCUGCCAGUCUGCUCAACAACAACACCAACAAUGCCACUAACGGGCGAUUUAGCAGUAGCGCGGCGUCUUGUGGCUCAAGUGCUGUGUCGCAGCAUUCCUCCCAGCUCUCCUCGGCAGAGUCUUCCAGGUCCAGCAGCCCAAGCUUGGAUGACUCAUCAUGUGACUCCCAGGCUUCUGAGGCCACACAGGCUUUGUCAGAGCCGGAGGAUCACUCUCCGUCCUCGCAAGGAGAGAGGGAGGGCAACCUGUUACACAGCUCACGGCCUCCCUCCCCUCCCUCUGAGCCAGAGCCUCUGCAUGUGUUGGCAGAGAGGAAUCGACGAGGCCGGAGAGAAGCAGCAGUUGGCAGGGAAAGUCAGAGCCAGAGGGUGAGAGAGACUCUCACCACUGGGUCUAAAAAGCCUAUCAUCAGCCCACCAACAGGAGUGCUUAAGUCCUCCUCUACGCUGUCGAAUUCCCAGCAAGCUUCAUCCACAGCUUCCUCCUCUUCUUCACCUCCACCUCCCCCUCUCCUCGCCCCUCCACAGCCCCCACAGUCAUCCUCCUCCAAUACAGCUGCUAUCAGUGAACACCACCCGCAAUCAUCCUGGAUCCCUCAUUCAAUCCCGCAAUUUCUGUCUGGGCCGUCAGUGUUGUCAAGCUUGCAAGAUAAACGAAGCCGAUCAAUUUUGAGAGAGCCAACCUUCCGCUGGACGUCCCUGUCCCACCCUGCACGGCAGUACUUUUCCUCUGCCAAAUAUGCCAAGGAGGGCCUUAUCCGCAAGCCCAUAUUUGACAACUUCCGUCCUCCCCCUCUCACAGCUGAAGAUGUUGGGCUGCUGCCCCAAAGUGUUAGUGGAGCAGGGGGUGCUGCUCCAGCGGCAUUCCCAGCAUCAGGCAGCGGAACAGGGUCAGGGACUCGUUUAUUUGCCCCUCUUCACGGCCAUACUCACCACCAACAUCAGUCUUCAUCCCGCUUUGAUGCACCACUCCAGAAGCGCAGCCCGUUGCUCCGUGCUCCAAGGUUUACACCCAGCGAGGCCCACUCUCGGAUAUUUGAGUCCGUUACCCUGCAGUCAUCUUCUGGGAGCACUGGGUCUCUCUCUCCACACCAGACAUCCUUUAGCUCCAGCAGAAGCUCGCGGCGCAGGAGACGACUUGUCACUGGAACUUUACGUGGUCACCCGCGGUCUCCUUCUCACUCAAUGACCAGACGCAGCAGCCAAAUCGGAGGCCCGAUAUCUGUGAGGAAAGGCUCCUCUGAGAGGUCUGUGCUGACUGGCUCUGUCUCCAGUAGUAACCCCAGCUCUCUGCCAGGGGUCUCCACUAGUGCCUUAACUCCUGCUACUUUCAGCACCUUCUCCACAUUAUCCCUGGGUCUGGCCUCACAAGGGACACCUGAAAGCAGGAGAGGGGCUGCUGGAAACCCACCUCCGUUGUCAACUACAUCAUCCACUUCUUCCCCGCUUUUCCCUCUCUUUCCUUCCAGUGCCCAGGACACAGGGCGAGGAGCUGGGAGAGCAGCUACAGAAAAAAGCUUAUCAGCACCCCAGGAACCUGCUCCAAAGGAAAAAGAAAGGGAUUCUGAGAAAAACCAAGAAAAGGAGAAUAAGAAGGAAGGGAAGAAGGACUCAGAAGAUGGUAUUUUACAUCUUGCUUCUAAAAAGGCUCCAGGGAGAAAGAAGUCAACCUCAGCUGACAUGGUUUCUGACACUACCCCCUCAGAGGUGCGUGGGGUCCAUUCUACUGUGCCCAUUUCCAUUGAUAAAGGACGUUUGCCUAAGAAAGGAAGACCCUCUGAGAAAGGAGCGGAGGAGGAGGAUGCAGAAAAGGAGAAGGAGAAACAAAAUGCUCCAAGCCAGCAGACAGCAAGCCUUCAGGCGCAACCAAGCAGACAACAGCUUCCUGUCACCUCUAUUGGAUCAGUGUUGGAACAUGCAGAGAAGCAGCCGGUGAGUGACAAGCGGGUAGUUGGACUACUGAAGAAGGCCAAAGCACAGCUCUUUGACUUGAAGAAGAACAAGCUGAAGCCUGCGGACCAGACCAAGGUCCAGGGUCAAGAGAGUGACUCGUCAGAGACCUCCGUCCGAGGUCCACGCAUCAAGCAUGUAUGUCGUCGUGCAGCUGUGGCUCUUGGUCGUAAUCGAGCAGUGUUCCCUGAUGAUAUGCCCACACUUAGUGCCUUGCCCUGGGAGGAGAGAGAGAAGAUCCUAUCUUCCAUGGGGAAUGAUGACAAGUCAUCAGUAGCAGGUUCUGAAGAGGCAGAGCCUCAAUCCCCUCCCUUAAAGCCACGGGAAACACGGCAAAAGGGGGCUCAAGAAGCACCCCCCAAGAAGGGACGCCGGUCACGGCGCUGUGGCACAUGCUCAGGCUGUCAGGUUCCAGAGGAUUGUGGAGUCUGUACUAACUGUCUCGACAAGCCUAAGUUUGGAGGACGAAACAUUAAAAAGCAAUGCUGCAAGAUGAGGAAGUGUCAGAACUUGCAGUGGAUGCCCUCAAAGAUGUUUCUUCAGAAGCAAGGCAAAGGCAAGAAGGACAAGAAAAAGAACAAGUUCUCUGAGAAGAGAGAGGGUCUCAAUCCGGUUAAAGGACCAAAUUCUGAGCCUUCCCCGAAACCUCCUCCUGCACCACCAAAGGAAGAGCCUCCCCGCAGAAAGAGUGAAACUCCUCCUCUAAAGCUGGGAGAGGAGAAGUCAAGACCGCAACCAUCAUCAAAGCAAUCCUCUCCAGCCCUAACAUCUUCCCCUGCCACAGUCGAACCACCUCAGCCCCCCAGCACAGCCACAUCCCAGACUCAGUCUCCAUCCAUGACACCAGACCCCAAACAGCUCUCGGUCACGACCAGUGUAACCAGUAAGAAGGGACACAAACCACAUCAGUCUGUACCAACAUCCUUCUCCUCGUCAUCCUCCUCUUCCCCUUCUUCUUCUACUUCUUCUUCUUCUUCUUCUUCUUCUUCAUCAUCAUCCUCGUCCUCCUCGUCAUCUUCACCCCAGAAUUCCCCCUCUCAGUCUACACAAUCUCAUCAAGCUUCCCAACAGCAACAACGGGAUCUUACCAGUCAGGCACCUCCAAGAAGAGAUGCUUCUCCCAAGAUUCCACUGAGCGAGCCCAAGAAGAAGCCCCAGCAGCACUCGCUGCAACAGCAGAGCUCAGCUACAAAUAUUUCAGAUUUAGUUGACUUAAAACAGUUGAAGAAGCCAACUUCUCGCACUGUUCCUCCAUCUCCCAAACAUAGACCAAAAGACAAGCCACUGACCACCAAACCCCCCAGCAGCAGUACUUUAAACUGGCUGAGCACUCCCUCGACUAGGGGCCAGACGAAGUCCAGAGCGCCCUGCGACGGAGUGCAUCGUAUCAGAGUGGAUUUCAAGAGGGACCAUGAUGUGGAGAAGGUGUGGGAGGCGGGUGGCCUCAGCCUUCUCACCUCCGUGCCUGUCACACCCAGGGUGCUCUGCUUCUUAUGUGCAAGCAGUGGUAAUGUUGAGUUUGUCUUCUGCCAGGUAUGCUGUGAACCGUUCCAUCUCUUUUGCCUGGGGGAAUCAGAGCGCCCUCUCCAGGAGCAGUUUGAGAACUGGUGCUGUCGACGAUGCAGAUUCUGCCAGGUCUGUGGGCGCCAGCACCAGAAAACUAAACAGCAGCUGCUAGAGUGCGAUAAGUGCCGUAACAGCUAUCACCCGGAGUGCCUGGGUCCCAACCAUCCUACCAGACCCACCAAGAAGAAGAGAGUUUGGGUUUGCACAAAAUGUGUGCGCUGUAAGAGUUGUGGAGCCACAAAGCCUGGGAAGUCCUGGGAUGCCCAAUGGUCACAUGACUUCUCCAUGUGUCAUGACUGUGCCAAACUCUUCGCUAAAGGGAACUUCUGUCCGCUGUGUGAUAAGUGCUACGAUGAUGAUGACUACGACAGCAAGAUGAUGGAAUGUGGUCAUUGCAACCAUUGGGUUCAUGCUAAGUGCGAAAAUCUGACAGAUGAAAUGUAUGAGCUAUUGUCAAAGCUGCCAGAGAGUGUUGCCUACACUUGUACCAAAUGUACUGAACGCCAUCCAGCCGAGUGGAGGACCGCGCUGGAGAGGGAGCUUCAGGGCUGCAUUCGCCAUGUCCUUACUGCACUGCUCAACUCGCGUACAUCUACACACCUUCUGCGUUACAGACAGGCGGUGAAGCCUCCCGAGCUGAACCCCGAGACAGAGGAGAGUCUUCCAUCCCGUCGUUCCCCAGAGGGCCCAGAUCCACCAGUCCUGACAGAAGUCAGUUCCACACAUCCCAGUGACUCCCCUCCAGACCUGGAGUCUGUUGAGAAAAAGAUGGAUCAAUGCCGCUACAAUUCAUUGCUGGAGUUCAGUGACGACAUUGUGAGAAUCAUUCAGAUGGCCAUCAACAGUGACGGUGGCCAGCCUGAGAGCAGGAAAGCCAACAGCAUGGUCAAGUCAUUCUUUAUCCGGCAAAUGGACCGAAUCUUCCCGUGGUUCAAAGUGAAAGAGUCCAGAUUCUGGGAAAGGCAAAAAGUCUCUGCCAACAGUGGGCUCCUUCCAAAUGCUGUGCUGCCUCCAUCCCUGGAUCACAACUAUGCCCAGUGGCAGGAGAGACAGGAGCUUUCCCGCGCUGAACACCCCCACCUCAUGAAAAAGAUCAUUCCAGCUCCCCGGCCCAAGACCCCCGGUGAACCCGAUUCUCCAGCCUCUCCUCCUUCACUCCCUCCCUCUCUACCCCCGCCACCCCCACUCCUACCUGACCGUGAAGACAGCCCAGAGCUCCCUCCUCCGCCAGGCGUUAGUGAUAACAGGCAGUGUGUUUUGUGUCUGAAGUAUGGAGACGAGAAAACUAAUGAGGGUGGCAGGCUGUUGUACAUCGGCCAGAACGAGUGGACCCAUGUGAACUGUGCCCUAUGGUCCGCUGAGGUAUUUGAGGAUGAUGACGGGGCACUGAAAAAUGUUCAUAUGGCUGUUCUCAGGGGGAAACAGCUGCACUGUGAGAGGUGUCAAAAGCCAGGGGCCACAGUUGGCUGCUGCCUCACCUCUUGCACCAGUAACUACCACUUCAUGUGCGCCCGCCAGUGCCACUGUGUCUUCCUGGAGGACAAGAAAGUCUAUUGUCCAAAACACAGAGACCUCAUCAAGGGAGAAGUGGUGUCUGGGUUUGAGGUCACCCGCAGGAUCCUGGUGGACCUGGAGGGAAUUCGUCUCAGGAGGAAGUGGCUUGCAGGACUUGAGCCGGAAAAUGUCCACAUGAUGAUAGGCUCCAUGACCAUUGAUUGUUUGGGAAUACUGACAGAACUCUCAGACUGCAAACGCAAACUCUUCCCUGUAGGAUACCAGUGUUCAAGAGUGUACUGGAGCACUUUAGAUGCUCGAAAGCGCUGUGUGUAUACCUGUAGGAUCCUCGUUUGUCACCCUCCGGUGGUAGAAACUGACCUGAAGAGCAUGAUCGCUUUCGAGGAGAAUCGCACCAUAGCACACAGCCCACCUCCCAUAGCAGACUUUCCUGAUCCAUUUGAAUCCCCAAGGCGUUCUGACACCCUUUCCCCCACGAACACCCCCAAGCUCAGGGUUUACACCAGGAACCGACAUCCCAGCUACCCCCCAUGUCAGCGUUCAUUAGGCCCCAGGCCCAUGCCCUCCCCAGGAGGUACCUCUCAGCCUCAAAGCCAUGAGAUUGUGACAGUGGGAGACUCCCUGGUGAACCCUGGCAUGCGGAAUAUUGACUCACGUCGUCACAGCUCUCCUCCUCCCCUCCAGCAAAACAGACAGAGAGGGGCGACCUCCCCAACUCAGAUUUUGUCUCGACCCCUUACUUCGCCCCCUCCCCUCAUUCCCUCUCCUGCCAGAGACCCAGAAAUGUCCAAACACCUCAACAAGGACUCAGCAAAGUAUCCCGUCCAGAGAGAUGAUGAAAGAGGAAGACUGUUCUCCACAGACAGAAACAGACAGCAACCAUCCAGAGACCAAGGGUUGAAAGAUCCUGACAAGGGGAGAGUGUCAUGUCGAGACCAUGCAUCUAAAGAUUCUGAGAAGAACAGAUCAUCCAGAGAGCUUGGGCAAAAAGACUCCGACAAGGGUGAACAAACAGCCAAAGAGUCAGAAAAGAGAAGACGAUUGAGUAAAGACUCAGGUCUUAAAGAAUCUGAGAGGGGAAGACUUUUCAAUCGAGAUCCCUUAAGAGAUUCAGAAAAGGGGAGACAAGUUAACAGAGACUUUGAGAAGGGGAGACAGGCAAGCAGAGAAUCAAGCAAUAGAGAAACAGAUCAGAGCAAAUCAUCCUCUCGAGAUCCCAGUUAUAAGGAUGUGGAAAAAGUUAAGUCACUCGGUAGAGAUACAGGAUUUCGGGACUCUGAGAAGCAUAGACAAUAUAGCAGAGAAAAAGGAAAAGACUCAGGUCAAGUUAAAGACAGACCAUCUAGCAGAGACUCUGACAAGGGUAGACCUCCCUCCAGAGAUUCCAGUUACAGAAGCACGGAGAGAAACAAAGACUCUGGCUCAGGGAAAGACAGUAACCCUGGCACUCAGUCCAAACAGGCUGGAGGCGAGAGUAAGAGCCCCAGACUGGCACCUGCAGGUUCAGGCCAGUCCUCCCCUCCUCUGGGUACUGCUGUUCUCACAUGUCAGCAGAGAGCUGGCAGCACCAAGCAGACAGACAAGCAAGGGAAACAUGGAGGCAAAGACCAGGAUGUUUCUGCGAGCCUAAGUCUGUUACCUCGUCACAGGUCAACCUCGAACUCUAACAUUAUCCAGUCUAAGGACAAGCCCAGCUCAGGGAAGGAGAGUAGUAGUGGCACUGGAAAUGUAAUGCCAGCUUCACACCAUAAGGACUCUGUUGUUGGGAAAUCUGGCUCUGCACAGCCUUCAUUCCCGAAGUCGAGUGCACGGAAAUCAAAUGAUUUAUCUUCGAGUUCAGCCUCAGCAGUAGUUAUGAAGCCUCUGUGGCCGUCAAGGACAUCAGCAGAAGAUGACGUUGUCAAGCGGGGCUCUGUGCACCUGGCCUCCCCAGCUGCAGCCUCAGCUGCCAAAGACAAACACCAAAAAGUUAAGACGGCAGGCGGCAGAGAGGCGUCCAAAGACCGUGAAAAAGACAAGACUCUCCAAAACAGUAUAAACAGCAACAAAAUUCCCCUUAUCAACAAUAAUAAUAAAGCCACUGCCAGCCCCAACACACACGUUUCAAACCCCAGUUCCCACAACAGCAAAGCCCCAGUGCUGGGAAACAGCACCAAAGUCCAUGGGAAGGCACAUGGGGAUAAGCAUGAGAACCAGGGAGGAGACCGAUCAUCCUCAAAGCCCAGAGAAAAUCACCCCUGUCCUGAGAAGAAGAAUAGCUCCACUCUGGACUUACAGCAGCUGCAACAGGCUGGUUUAGCUGCAGAGAAAGGGGUGAAUACAUCUUCCCAGUCUCACUCCAAACCAACAACUAACCAGCUGUCGUCCCCUAGAGAGAAGAAGCGAUCAGUGAAACCCCCCACUGUUACUCCACUAAAGAGUGAUAUCAAGACUGACCCUAAUGGGACCAGCACAUUUAGUGUUAUUUCUUCAUCCUCCUGUUCCACGACCACUACUUCCUCCACUGUUUCUCCUGCCGGCCAGGGGACCCGUCGUUCUGCAGGCUCUGCUGUCUUCUCUUCCCCCUCUGCCAGCAGCAGUGACAGCUCUGAAUCUGACACCCAGACUCAGACAGAGGACGACGAUCUGCGCAAGGAGCACUCGCGCAGUGACCUCCGAGACCACCACAGCCUCCUCGCUGGAGGCCCUGAGGAUGAGGGUGAUGGCCCAGAUGACGACCAUGACAGGGGUAUGGAUGAUAAACAUCACGAGGACGACAGCGACGGGUCAGGGUCUGCCAAGCGGCGUUACCCCCGACGCAGUGCCCGCGCACGAUCCAACAUGUUUUUUGGCCUCACCCCUUUCUAUGGGGUUCGUUCAUACGGCGAAGAAGACCUAGCCUUCUACGGCAGCGGUGAUGGAACAGGGGCUGUGGUAAAGAGGAGGAGCGGGGGUCGCAGGAAGUCGGCUGAGGGGCAGGUGGAUGGCGCAGAUGAUAUGAGCACCACCUCUUCGUCAGGGGACAGCGGAGAGGAUGAAGACAGCGCAGGGAAACAGAGGGGUAAAGACCCUUACUACUACAACUUCACCCGAACAGUCAUUAACCCUGGUGAGGGCCUACCGUCUAUAGAAGGGAUAGACCAGUGUCUCGGAAGGGGCUCCCAGCUUCAGCGCUUUCUAAAAGAUGAGGAGCAGCAGCAGAGGGCUCAAGGAAAAGCUGAAGAAGACAUGCUGAGUGCUUUGGCAUUAGGCAAGCAGCGUAUUGGGCAGCUCGAUGGCAUUGACGAUGGCUCUGAGAGCGAUACCAGCAUCUGCACCACCAGCACCACAACUACUACGGCCACGUCCUCUUCCACCACACAUAAGAGCACUCCUAAGAGAAGGGGCAGAGAAAGGCAUACUGAGAAACCUGACUCUCAUGACUCGAGCAAGGAGGCUGACAGCGGUGGAGGAGCAGUUAGUAGCAACACCCGAGAAGGAAGAAAAAACCAGAAAGAAAAUUGUCUUGCUCUUGGAGUCGGGGUCAAGUCGCAGCCGCAGAGUCAGGGUCAGGAUCCUCUUGAAGCCCAACUCUCCCUCAGCACAGACCUGCUUAAAUCAGACUCUGACAACAACAACAGUGAUGACUGUGGGAACAUUUUGCCUUCAGACAUCAUGGAGUUUGUUUUGAACACACCUUCUAUGUCGAUGCAGGCUCUGGGUCAGCAGUCUGAGCCGUCCUCCUCAGAGCUGCUGCUGGAUGAGGGUUAUGUUGGAGUGGAUGUAAACCGGCGAAAAGAUAUUCUGUUUGAUGACUUUUCCCAGCCACUGCCCAGUGCUGAGAGCGGAGGUGUAGUGGAGAGUAGUGUGAACAGCUCCAUAUCUGUAGAGGAACCAUAUCUUCCUCUUGAGCUGCCUUCUGACCUCUCUGUCCUGACCACACGCAGCCCGACUGUCAGCUCCAGUCAGAACCACACUGCUGGAGGUCUCAUCUCGGAUACCUCAGACCGCACCAUGCUCGGCUUGACCUCUGACCCAGAGACCAUCAGUGGAGAAAAAAGUGGGGCCAAGAAGAGAGCAGGGCCCGGUGUGUCACCAUCAGAGGAUCAGCACGAGGCUCCAACUUUGGGGAACAGGGAUACACAGGUCACUGAAGGACACGUGACCCCCGAGCAGUUCAUUCCGAGCCCUGCUAUUGGCCAGGUGGUUGACCCUCCGAGUAACCAGGAAGUUCCAAUGAGUUCUGGUACUCCUGUUAUACCAAGUUCUCCUUCUAUGCCUCUUCAGGGUCAGAAGUACCUCCCAGCAUCAGCUGCAGCUGCAGGCAGCCCUAGUCCGGUCCCCGGACCAGGACCUUCCCAGACUCAGGUUUCCAGCGCGGCAGUUAUCAAACCAGGCCCUGACAAGCUCAUUGUUGUCAAUCAGCAGUUCCAGCCACUCUAUGUCCUUCAGACUGUCCCCAAUGGUGUCACCCAAAAGAUUAGUGCAACAGGAGUGAUGGAUACCAGCUCUUCUGCAGUGCUGAGCUCUAUGACACUUACCACAGGGUUGAAUACUGGGUUAUCCUCAGCCCAGCCAAUAUUUCCUGCUGGUGGCAAAGUCCUGGGCACCAUGGCUCACCCCUCUCACAUUCACACCUUCACAGGAGCCACACAGACAGGCUUCCAGACAGGAAUCCCUAGCACCACCUCAGGGCUUCUCAUUGGGUUGCCCUCUCAGACCCACGACCAAACCCAGAUUCUGGUCUCCGAGGCUAGUCGACCACACGAGUUGGGUCCCAAUGUGGCUAUCGUGUCCAGUCCCUCUUCCUUAACUUCUUCCCAGACUGUGCUAGCCUCUGCCCAUGGCAGAAAGAGGCCUAUCUCUCGUCUUCAGCCACGAAAAAGCAAAAAGUUGGCCCGCUCCCGUAGCCAGCCUACUCUGGCACCGUCUGAAGUGGGACCUCCUAACAUGACCCUCAUCAACCUGUCUUCCCCUCAGAUUACUGCAAGCAUAUCGGGCCAGACUAGUGGCCUGGUCGAAUUGAGCACCCUCUCCGCUUCUCAGCGCAAGGUCCCCAAUAUUAUCAAGAGACCAAAAUCAGGCCGGGUUAUGUACUUGGAUCCCACUACUCUCCUUCAGCAAAGGAUUCCUGGUACUGCUCAGCCCGGGAUCCUGGGUCACGAUUCUUCUACCCAUCUCCUGCCUUGCACAGUCUCUAGUCUCAACCCCAGUCAGUCAGUGUUGAAUGUUGUGUCGGUGCCCUCUAGUGGUGCGACUGGUCUUCUUGCACCAGGAUCAGUCUCCCUCUCCACCCCUGUACUUGGCUCUACUGAGAUCACAGGGCAAAUUAGCAACCUCCUGUUUAAGGCAAGUCCACAUGGCCUGGGCCUGUCAGAUCAGCCAAUGGUCCUUCAAUCAGCAGGAGGAGCUCCUCUGAUGUCACAGCUUAGCUCCUCCGUGCAGACAUCUAUAGCCAGUAGCAUCUGCGUCCUGCCAUCCCAACAGACCAUCAGCGUGGCUGUCAGCCAGCAAGGAGAGACUGUUAACAGAGCACACACUGUAGACUCCUGUCCAAACACCACUGUUACUUUAGGCCCCAGCGCAGCCACCCCUCUAAGCCCUGCCAAGGGGCGUGUUGUUAGCGUGUUCACGCAAACCCAAACCUCUGCGCGCUCCCAGAGCAGCAGAACCAUUGCUAUUUCCAAAGCAUCACAACAAAGGCCGGCUAACUCAACCACAGUGGUGUCUGCAGCAGUCACCAGUUCAGGAACAGAAAAGGGAAAACAGAAAGCCAAGAGGAGCCGGCAGAGUUCAGACAUCACCGGCGGGAAGAAGCUCAAGGCCUCGCGGGCAGAGGAGCAUCACAGCAACCCAGCAGGACGACUCCCAUCAAACCCGAGCAGUUUGAAAGAGCUUAUCUCCCCUGAACCCAUGGACACCGGCAAGCCCGUAGAUAAGGCAACCAACAAGGGUGCGCUUGGUAAAAAGAAGACAGCUGAGGCUCCUGUUUUACUGGGGAAAGUGUUGGGAAAAGACAAACCUUCUGCUGUCGGAGGAGCAGGGUCUCUUUCUGUGGCUUCACCACCCGACCAGGACGGCAACAACAGGGACACUGGGUUGGACAGCAAACCCAAGAAGGGCAUCAUCUUUGAAAUCUGCAGUGAGGAUGGCUUCCACAUCCGCUGUGAGAGUAUUGAAGAGGCUUGGAAAUCCCUGACUGAUAAGGUGCAGGAAGCUCGCAGCAAUGCACGACUCAAAGAGCUUUCUUUUGAAGGUGUGAACGGACUAAGGAUGCUGGGAGUUGUCCACGAGGCAGUGGUCUUCCUGCUGGAGCAGCUGUACGGCUCCAGACACUGUCGGAGCUACUGUUUCCGCUUCCACAAACCAGAGGAAACUGAUGAACCUCCCAUCAACCCCAACGGCUCGGCUCGCGCAGAGAUCAACCACAGGAGGUCUGUCUUUGACAUGUUCAAUUUCUUGGCCUCAAAACACCGUCAGCCACCUGAGUACAGGCCGCAUGAAGAAGAUGAUGAGGAAGGGCAGCUCAGGACUGCCAGGCGUGCCUCCAUGGAGCUGCCACUCGCUGUGAGAUUCAAACAGCUCAAGGCCACAUCCAAGGAAACAGUCGGAGUCUACAGGUCUCCCAUUCAUGGCCGAGGCCUUUUUUGCAAGAAAACCAUUGAUGCUGGCGAGAUGGUGAUUGAAUACUCUGGAAAUGUAAUUCGGUCUGUGCUCACUGACAAACGGGAGAAAUAUUAUGAUGGAAAGGGAAUCGGCUGUUACAUGUUUCGCAUCGAUGACUACGAGGUGGUAGACGCCACGGUGCACGGCAACGCCGCCCGCUUCAUCAACCACUCCUGUGAGCCCAACUGCUACUCUCGGGUCAUCACCGUGGACGGCCAGAAGCACAUCGUCAUCUUUGCUUCUCGCCGCAUCUACUGUGGCGAGGAGCUCACCUAUGACUACAAGUUCCCUAUUGAGGAUGCCAGCAACAAGCUACCCUGCAACUGCGGCGCAAAGAAGUGUCGCAAAUUCCUCAACUGAUGCCUGUUUCACAACGAGUAAAAGAGGGCUGAAGGUCUGUUGACGGCCCCCUGCUGGGGGUUUGCUGAGGCACUAGCUUUCUGAGUCCAGUCCUUGUUGGACCGCUGCUGCCAACAGCGCACGAGCCCUGUCAGUGUUUCUGCUGCUGGUGAUGGCGGAACACGGCAUAGGCGGCCGCUGUGAGUCGCACUGUAUAUGCAGGAACGGCCAUUUUAGUGGAAGGGCCAUUUGUAGAAAUUCCAACAUAUUGUGCCUCCUUUUGUCUCAUUUACAUUUGGCACGGGAAGUUUCACCCUUUUUAGAGGUGAGGUAUGAAACGGUUUAAGCCUUCACAACAUUAAAUUAUGAUAUUAACUUUAAUUUACAUUCGGAUGCUAAAGUUACCCUGUCAUUCGUUUUACAUCGGUCCUCCUUAAUUUUCUAUGAAUUUGUUGUGGUCCACUAAUGCUGAGAUUUGAUCAUAGAACAACAACAACAACAAAAAUCAAAGAACUUGGUUUCAUUUUACACCAAAGUGCAAUUUGUUAAAGGGACUUGGAAAAGUAAUUUUAGUAGAAAGAAAAAUGAGAAACUUGUGAGAGUUUGUUUUUAUUUUAAUCACAGUGUCGAAUGUGCCCUGAUGCCUCCAGAGCCAUUGUAAUUUACUGAAACCUUCCCCUGACUGGGAUUUUUUAAAAAGCUUGUAGGUGUGCAUUCAACACUGUAAAUAGGAUCUGCCUGUAUGCAGCAGCCUGAUAAGAGCUGUACAGACAGAAACACUAGGAGGAGCUGUGGCCACAGGAGAGAAGACAGAAUAAAAGAAACAAGGAGGAUAGAAAUGCAGAUUUGUUAAGAAAAAAGUUAUUUUUGUUCGUUCGUGUAAAGGGUGAUGGCUGAGGCUGAUGUCAUCCUGUGUACUUCAAGUAACGUUGCGUCUCACAGCUUGGUAGCUGUGUAGACAUGUUGGGAUUAAGCCUCUGGCCUGAGAGAGUGAGGCAGCUAGAGAUUCUGGUGGACUGACAGCCAAGGGACUGGAAAACCCUACUGAUGUGCUUUAGUAGACAUAUUUAUAGUUAAUCUUUGGAUCUGUGAUCUACAAAAAGCCAUGGAUCUUUUUUGGAAAUGCACAGUUGCAAGUUGUUGCAUUCUGUUGUUGCUAUCAGGCUUGUUUUUUUCUUCUUCCGGUAAUUAUAUAAGCUGAGACUUUAAAUCACGUUCCAAAUUACAGCAGCAAAGAGAACCAAACAUCACACUCUUGAAUUGAAAUUUCCCAAACACUUAUUUCUUCUUGGCCUGUUGUGAUAACAAUUACUAUGGAAAUUGUUUUUUCGUUUUUUUUUUGUAAAGUCUUUUAAAGUCUUGUCUAUUAUCUGUCUUUUUAUUAUGGGCAGGGAGGUAUUAUGCUUGCUUUUAAAAAACAAAUGUAAAUAAUGUAUAUUUUUCUACAAGAAGACUUAAAAGCACUCACUAGUGAAUAGCACUUAAUGAUGGUAUUUAUAUUUUUAAAAAAAUCGUAUUUAUUUUAUUGCCAUUUUUGUAGGAAAUAGAGGUUUACAAACACUAAUGCUUGGUCUCUAUGUUUUGUAUUCCACUGCCUUUUCAAAGUUGUUUUUGUUGUAAUUUUAUCUCCUUUUUUUUUGAUUUGUAGCCUGAAUGUUUUCUUUGAUUCCAAAGACUGACGCUGGUCUGUGGCUUGGUCCCCUUUUUUAGUUCAGUCCACCAGUAGCUCUUUAUCUAUCCCAGGCCGUUCGGUUCGAGCUGACAGUUUUCUCAUUGUUCCAGUUCUAGCUGGCAGUGUGUGGCAGUCGUAUGAACUAUUAUUAUGCACUUGGGAGAGUUUAGAUUGUUGAUCCACAGCAGAUAUCUCCUCUCUCCAGCCUUAUUGUCUCCACACCACAUCACACCGAGAAUCAACUCCACUUUAGGCGCUGCAACGAGGCAGCCAUUUCUAGUCCCUGUCAAACCGUGGGUCGACAAACACGGACCCAACUGUUCACAUGUGUAAAAUCCAACCGGAGCCCUGUCAGUUUAAAGUGUUUCUUCCCUCUGUAGUCUAUAGUCAAGAGGUGCCUUUAUUUUAAGCUACCAACAUCAUUCAAACAUUGUCUGUUGAGCCAGUCCGUUUAUUUGGUGACCACUCGGUGCUCACCAGCAUUUGGAAAUCACUUUUUUAAUUCUUUUGGUCAGUCUCCUCGUGGUUUGCCUUAGUUGUGAAUGAGCAUGCCUCUUCUCUCUUUCAAGCCUUCAUGUGCUGGACCGCAUAUUGAACUAACCGUUUCCACUGACUGGUCUUGAAAUCACUUACGUUGUUGUUGUCCCUUUUUAAUUAAUUUAUUGUUGUCCGCCUUUCACGCUGACUUCGUCACCACCUAAAGGCCGUUAGCAGUUUCUCCCACACUGCCCUCUGUUGUUGUGAACUGAAACAAAAAACGUGACCCACGCAUGGUUUGCACUUAAGUCGUGACACCGGCACAUAGAAAAACUCAACUCUUUCGCCAGACAGACAGACAAUGCAACUCCAAUGCUGAAACCACAAGCACAGAUAGUCACCGAGAGUAUAUGUGCGUCAGUCCCGGUGUUCAGUCAACUUAGAACUGGUCUCCGUGACUCCUGAACGUGGUGUUUGAGGCUCGAGCGAAGUGCACUUGAUUUUUU